AUGUCAUUAGCAGAUCAGAAACAAAUAUCAGCUGCAUCACUACAGCCGGAAUUAUGGACUUCAUCAUCCAAUGAUGCAUUAAAAUGUUUUAUAACAAAUGAAGAAGAAGCAAUAAAAUUUCAACCAAUUUUUACAUAUCCAAUAUUUGGAGAUUCAGAAACCAUAUAUGGUUAUAAAGAUUUACAAAUUUUUUUAUGUUUUGAUCAUUUUACAUUUAAACCAUUUUUAAAUAUUAAAUAUUUGGAAAAAUUAAAUGAUUCUGAUUUAAUUGAUAUAAAAUCAACAAUUGGAAAAUAUUUACCUGAUUCUACUAUUUUUAAAGAUGAAAUAAAAUGGGUUGAUUCAAUAAAGGAAGAAAAACAAAAUUAUAAAAUACCGGGAAAUAAGGUUGAUGAAUUUAAAAUAGAUAAUAUUGAAUAUGAAAUUUAUAAAAUAGAUUUAUCUUCACCUGAAGGAUUGGAAUUACAUAAAAGAUUACAAAUAUUAGUACUUUUAUAUAUUGAAGCUGGUUCAUUUAUUGAUUCAGAAGAUAAAUUAUGGGAUUUAUAUGUAUUUUAUGAAAAACCUCAAGGAGAAAAAGAACCUUCUAUAGUUGGUUUCACAACAGCUUAUAAUUAUUGGACAUAUCCAGGAGCUUUAAAAUUUGAUGAAGGUAUAAAAGAAACAAGAAUUAAAAUAUCACAAUUUAUAAUAUUACCAAUGUAUCAAAAUAAAGGAUUAGGACAAAUUUUUUAUACUCAUUUAUGUGAUAAUAUAUGGUUAAAAGAUUCAAAUAUUAUAGAAAUAGUUGUUGAAGAUCCAAAUGAACAAUUUGAUGAUUUAAGAGAUAAAGCAGAUUUAAAAAGAUUAUCAAAUUUAAAUUUUGAUUUUAGUAAAGUUAUACCAAAUAAUAUUGAUUUGAAUUGGGUAAAUAAAACAAAAAAAGAUUUAAAAUUUGAAAAUAGACAAUUUUCAAGAUUAUUAGAAAUUAUAUUACUUUAUAAAUUAAAACAUACAAAAGAUGUUUCAAAAUCAGAUGUUAGAAAAUUUAUAAAACAAAGAUUAUAUAAAAAGAAUAAAGAAGGUUUAGAUAAUUUAGAUGAAAAUAAUAGAAAAGACAAAUUACAAACUGCUUAUCAAAAUUUAGAAGAUGAUUAUUAUAGAAUAUUAGGUGAUAUAAAUUUACCUGCGAAAAGAAAAAGAGAAGAUUAA